AUGUCGCAAGCUCCACCACCAUACACCCAACAACCUAUGCCUUAUUAUGGAAAUGGAGUAAGUUCUGAUUUUCUAGAAUUUUUUUUGAAUAUGAAUUUGUUUCAGCAAAAUUAUCACCCGCAGGCUCAAAAUCCCUAUCCACAAGGACAAUAUCCCCAAGGUUAUUAUAACCCCAAUCAGCCGCAAGUCAUGUGAGUUAUCAGAACUCGUUUUUUUUCUUAUUUUUCUGAAAAAUUUCAGCUAUGUGCAAGAACCGCCGCGCCGUCAACAACAAUCUGAUAACAAUUGUUGGCUCACCUCACUUUUUGCACUAUGUUGUGGUUGUUUAGUUGGAGAGGUAUGAGGAUUCUUCAAAAAAAAAAAAAAUAAAGCUAUUCUCUAACUGAAAUUAAAUUUUCAGGUUUGCUGUGAUUCUCCAAUGCUUUGCUGUGUUUUGCCGUGUCCGAUUCGACUUCCAAGACUUCCAUGA